AAGAACGCUCUGAACAACUCCAACAUUCAAAUUCUUUGUAGCAAUACAACUACACACAGACACGCUAGAAAGUAUCAAAGGGAAACUUGUCGCGAAUACAUCCCACUUGCCUAACGUCGAGAGGCAAGCGGGAGAACGUCCUAUUGUUGCGCCCGCGUCAUCGGCGAGCUCCAACUUCGAGUACCCAGCAAGCAGCGUCCUCGACCCUCUGCGGAGCAUCGACGCUCCUUUCGACGUACAUCUCACCAUUUGAAUGCCCCCGUCAUCCGAUCAAGAUAUCAACAAUCCAUCGAGUGGCAUCUCUCAGUCCAAGCUGACUCGUAAAGCCUCAUCUGCUGGCUUGCAGAUUCCCUCCAAGAAGGAAAGGAAGAAUGGGACGGCGAAUGGGAAGGAGAAGGAUAGCGGUACCGGUGGUGUAUUGGCAGCGGUGACCAAGAAUGCUUCAAAAAUGUCGAACGCGAAAUCAGCGCAGUCAACUCGGGUUCAAUCCCCAGAGUUGAAUGGGGUUGAAUAUCCACCGAACGGAAAGACAAUCACUUCCCCGUUGCUCGAUGCUUUAUCAUCUGCGGCUUUGGACCGCUCUGCGUCUCAGAAUGCAAAUGAAUGGGCGAAGAACGUUCCUGCAUAUUCGAGUUCACCUAGUAAUCUAAUAAAUCUGGGAGAAUCCCCACCGAUGGCACCUUACGAAGACAGACUGGGAUGGACACCCCGAGAACAAAGAGGAUUGUCGAACGGAUAUGUCCCUUCUGCUUCGCCUCCAUCAAGACGACGCCCACUUUCUUAUCAGCUCGACGGUAACUACACACCAGGAUUUGACGAUCAUCGCUCCCAAGUGUCUUCAUACGCAGCGAGACGGAGCUCGAUGUAUUCGCAACAUCCCCGUUAUUCUCAACAUCCUCCGCUUCCCCAUCAGGCUCAACCUCACUUCUAUGGUGCUCCUGAUACGAAUUUGAUGCUCUCCCCGCCCACGCCGGGCCUCAUUCCCGGAGAUAAUGGCUAUUACUGCGGUUUUGAUAGUCUGGGUGUCUCGUCACAGGAAGCAACUAAGUCUGUGAAUAACGUUGUCGUAUCCGGAUACGAAGGCGGUCUCAAGAUACAAACCGUUUCCAAACGAGGCCUGACAAAAGUCGCGGGCAUCGACGGUCUCAGAGGUGGGGUCUAUAAUGCCAAGAUCCUACCAUGGACGACCCAAGGUGGGAGCUCGCCUCACUUUCCACUUGUCGCUAUGGUAAUUCAUGGCCCCGUUUGGGCCUCUGGCGACACAUCUAGUGGUGAGGGUGGCACACCUCCUUCGGAGGCUGUGUCUGUUACUCAAAAUGACAGCAUGCGCGGUUCUCCAAGAGUUCCUGGUCUGGCCAUGAACGAUACGGAAUCGAUCGAAUCAUACCAGACGACUGUAGAAGUGUAUUCGCUUUCGACGAAACAACAUAUCGCAACACUCCUGUCUGUCCCGAAAGUUCACCUCUCGCUUCCCGUUACCAGUCCAAUAUUCAAAGCACCAUCGCCAGUUGGGACAUUGACCAUUCGUGCAAACAGUGGACAUGUUAUUAUUGCUUCUGGCACUACCGGAGAAACUUGGCUAUUCAAACAUGUCGAACCAAGCACUGCUCCAGAUAAGUUCAGAUGCAUCGGCAAGGUGUGGACAACUGUGCAACAUGGAGUAACGGAUCCGUCAACCUCCUCUGGGCAUCCAGAAGACUGGCAUGGACCCGAUCUGAGCCCCAUUCGGAAACAGUACAAAGCGUCUAUACUUUCCACCAACGGCAGAUGGCUCGCGUAUUGCCCACCCACCCCGUCUUCUCAAACUUCCUUACGAGCCGCAGUUCCAGGUGUCGGUUCUACAGCAAGAAUUCCAGGGCUUAAUGGACACGCUCCUCCACAACUCCCAAGUGUCAAUUGUGGUGUGGAUAUGCCCGACGGUGAAAGUAUGAUGAAGCAACUAGUACAGAUCUCAACACAAAAGUUCAUUGAAGCUGGAAACUAUCUCACACAACAAGGGUUGCAAGCUUGGAACAACUAUAGGAACAAGCCUCCUGCCAAUCAACCAAAUGGUUCAGCACCUUACCAGAAUCAACCGAACAUGCUUGGUCAAUUUCCUCCUACUCAUGGCCUUCCAACACCCGCGCCUUUAGUCACUAAAGACCCCGGAAUCAUAUCAAUUCUAGACCUGGACCAGCUGGCCCAUCACUCCUCGACAGGAUCUGCGCCUCAUCCGUUAGCAACUUUCAGAGUUCCGCAUGGUUGUAGCUUUCUCUCAUUUGGCCCAAGUGGCCUAGCACUCUUUACAGCCAGCAGCAAGGGCGAUGUUCAGUUCGUAUGGGAUUUAAUGCGCAUACAGUACGCGAAAUCCUCUUUCCUUAAAGGUGGACUCCAAGGAUCGGGUGCUAUUGGGCCUCACGUAAGGCAGAUUGCACAAUUUUCUCGAAUGACAAUCGCCAGGAUUGUCGAUGUUGUAUGGACGUCACCCCAUGGUGAGCGUGCUGCCAUGGUCACUGAACCUGGAACGGUUCACAUUCUUGAUCUUCCAGCAAGCGCUUUUACCUGGCCGCCUCCACGUCGGCGAACUGCUCCUCAAAGGUUUGACGAGCACAACACCAACGUACCGGGACAGUCGCCACCACUCACUGCCAGUGGACUAGCUUCGGGUGCAGUCAGUACACUCUGGACGGCUGCUCGUCCCUUAGUCAGUAGACGACGUCGAAGUAGUGCCGGCAUAUCUGCUAGGACGGUGACAGCUCAAGCUGGACAUGGAACACAAGCACUAGCUGCUGGAAUUAGUAGGUCCGUAGGAGCUGCAACAGGGAAGAUGAAUGAGAUGCGAAAAUCAGGAACAACGAAGUUGCAUCUUCCAAGAAGUCCAGUUGUGCCAAGUAGAGCUUGCACGCUGCUUCUUCAUGGAAAACGAAACGACUCCGUCAUAGUGCUUGGAGGCGGCGUGGUAAGAAUUUAUACCAUAAGGAACCGACGAGCAGAUCGCCCAGCAGAUAAACAAAAAGCAUCAAGAGGUGCUAAGUAUGUGGAGUUCAGACUUCCAUCACUGCCGGACUUUAAGCUGCCUCCAGACCUUGCAAGAGAUCUGCAUCACGUCGGGGACCUUGAGCUUACCGAGAGGGACAUUGAAGAGUCUCGCUGGAAGGCUAGACAAGCUUCCCCACCAGCGCCCCAAGCACACGGGACCGAAUCAUCUAUUCCGCAAGCAGAGAUUGAGUCGAACGCCCCGUAUCAACCAUUUCAUACGGAUAGACGCGUUGCCCUACAUAUCUAUUCUUACGAAGAAGAUCCGGUUCCAUCGCCUUCGGUGUCAGCGUUGCUUUCUCCUCCUGGGCUCGCUGCCCAAAGUAAGCCUCAGAAUGUCAGUCAAGUGAACACGCCGUGGGCAUUUGGAGGUCCAAUCAAGUCCAAGAAAUUGGACGUUGGACCGCCGCAUAAUUCCGAUGACGACCUUGAUCUGCCUUUAGACUCUCGAGCCCUUCCAUUGUCUGCCAUCGAACGUGUCAUGAGAGUCACGGACAGUACGGAGGAAGUAGAACAGAUAGUCGUCACGACGAGGCGACGUAAAGGUGCUUCGCGGAAUACUCCGGAAGGCACCGGUGAUGUUGAUGAAGAAGGGUUUUUUGAAGAUGACUGCGAAGUUCUUGACUUUGCCAGUCAAAGAGUUUAAUGCAAUUUAGAUUUCGCGUCUGCACUGUUCUUGUGCUGUGGAUAGUCUUGGUAUUCUUUUCUGCACAUGCACCACUUAUAGAAACGGGGGAUUGUUUGACGCAUUUUGCGGUGCUGAUCGCUACUCUGUUCAUAGGAGACAUCCAUGGCCACCUCAACUGGUUGGUGCCGUUUACUUGUUUUUGGCACAUUUUGAUCGCUGGUUUCGCAUAGUGGUGGAUUCGCUGGCGUUUGGGUGAACAAGAGGUAUGGUUGGCAUGGACGGAUAGCUUUGCAGAUAUGAUCGAGAUACCAACACAAUAAGACUUGAGAUGUUUUUGCAGUACGUUUUCAAUGCAUGCGUUGAUUUUACGCU